AUGACGACGCCGGCCAGCACGGUCCGCAGCCGCCUCCUGGCGGAGAAGCGCAUCGUGUUUCUCUGCUUCCUAAUCGCGCUCGGGCAGUUCCAGUAUGGCUACGACGGGGCCGCGAUCGCGGGCUUCCAGAGCAUGCCGGGCUUCCUCGCGCUGUACGGCUACGUCGACCCGAGCAACCCGAUCGGGUACAACAUCAGCACCGACGUGCAGCGCCUGAUCCAGUCGCUCAUGAACGUCGGCGGCUUCAUAGCCGCCGUCGCCAUCUACCUCGGCCACACGCGCGUGUCGCGCCGGCUCGGCCUGUGGACCGGCUGCGCCGUCGCCUUCCUGUCCAUCUCGCUGCAGCUGGGCGUGCACAACCUCGGCGGCCUGUACGCCGGCCGGCUGCUGCUCGGCAUCUCCAACGGCUUCCUGGUGCCCUACAGCGUCACCUACAUGGGCGAGUCGGCGCCGUCGCUGCUGCGCGGGCCCAUCAUCGGCAUGAGCACCUUCCAGACCUCGCUCGGCGCCCUGUUCGGCCUCCUCGUCGACAACUACUGCGAGUCGUACAGCGGCAACAAGUCGUGGCAGAUCCCGCUCGCCGUCAUGUACAUCGUGCCGGGCUUCCUGACCGUGCUGCUGCUGUUCCUGCCGGACACGCCGCGCUUCUACGUGACGCGCGGGCGGGACGACGAGGCGGUGCGCGCCAUCCGCCGGCUGCGCGGCAUCGCCGACGAGGCGUACCUGCGCGCCGAGGUGGCCGACAUCCGCAGCGCCUACCAGAUGGAGCGCGAGCUGCACGCGGGCGUGCACCUGCGCGACAUGUUCCGCGGCGCGGACCUGCGGCGCACGCUGCUCAGCUACGGCGCCAACAUCGCCGGCACCGCCACCGGCGUCACCUUCAUGGCCGGCUUCUCCGUCUACCUGUUCGUCCAGGCCCGCGUCGGCUCGCCCUUCGCCUGGGUCAUGAUCUCGCUCGCCAUCGCCCUGACCGGCAACAUGGCCGCCUUCCCGGCCAUGCGCUGCUUCGGCCGCCGCGAGCUGCUCAUCGUCACCUCGCUCCUCUCGUCCGCCAGCAUGUUCGCCAUGGCCAUCGUCUACACCGUGGCCGGCACGUCGCCCGCCGCGAGCAAGGCGCUCGUGGGCCUGAGCAUCGUGUACACGUGGGUGUACGGCGUCGGGCAGGGCCCGGUGCUGUGGGCGCUGCUCACCGAGAUCCCCUCGCAGCGGCUGCGCUCGCAGACGGUCGGCACCGGCUCGGGCCUGAACUUCAUCGUCGGCUGGAUGGUCUCCUUCUUCACGCCCUAUUUCAUCAACCCGGACCAGCUGGGCUGGGGCCCCAAGUACGGGUACAUCUGGGGCGGCAGCAACUUCAUCCUGGCCGUCUGGGCGUUUUUCUUCGUUCCCGAGACCAAGGGGCGCAGUCUCGAGCAGCUGGACGAGCUGUUCGAGAAAGGGGUGAGUGCGCGGAGAUUCUCGUCCUUCGUCCUGGAGCGGCAGCUGGUGGAUAAUGUGGCUGGCGAGACGGAUCAGAAGCGUAAUCUCGACAGCGAGGCCGCCGUGGUUCAGGUGGAGGAUCCCGAAAAGAUGUCACGGUAG